CUCUCCUCCUCAUCCUCCGCCCACCCGCCCACCCCCCCUCAAGCGAAAGGGCUCCGGGGCGUGGCUUUGUGCCGCGCCUGCGCCGUCGCGCCCGCCGCCGUCCCCGCGUCCCUUCGGCAGUUCCGCGCCACCGGCCUGAGGCGGCGGCGGCGGCGGCGGUGGUUCUGCCGGCGUGUGGAGCGAACGAGGCUCCGGUCCGCCUCUCGGGGGUGAAGAUGGCGGAAGGGAGCGGCGGAGGGGCGUCUCCCGGGGUCCCCACGCCGCCUCCCUCGACCCUGAAGGGGCUGCGGGAGCAGAUGGUUGCUGCGGCCCAAGCAUUAGCCGAAGAAAGAAGAAACCAAGGUGGGGUUAGCACUGUUUCACUCCAGGCCCCAAUAAGCACAAAAGUAAAACCAGUGCUUGAUGGUUCUCUCUUGAAAUCAGAAGAAAGGCAGAGGCUUGCUCGGGAACGUCGAGAAGAGCGGGAGAAACAGCAUGCUGCCAAAGAAACACAGAUCCUGGAGAAGGAGAAGAAAGCGAAGCUGCAGUACGAAAAGCAAAUGGAAGAGAAGCAGAAACGGCUGAAGGAGCAGAAGCUGAAAGAGCAGCAGAGAAGAGCCGCAGUGGAGCAGAAGAGGAAACAGAAGAUCGAAGAGGAAAAAGUGCAUUACGAAGCGGUGGUCCAUCGAACGUUGGAACGCAGCCAGCGGUUGGAUACGCGGCAGAAACGGUGGUCGUGGAGCGGGUCGGUGACAGACACCAGCGGGAAGGCAGACGCCCCAGCUGUAGCUGAAGCCAGCAAGCGCUCUGCGUCGGCACUGAACCUCAAACAGCCCGAAACAGCCCUUCACAAACGCCUCUCGUCCUCGGCAGCACUUCUCAAUUCUCCCAGCGCAGGAACAGCUAAAAGGAGUUCUUCCCUAAACAGGCUGAAUAACAAAAGUUCUGUGAAUUCUGAGCAAGGACUACCCAACGCUUCACAAGCAGAGCAGAAAGGAGAACCAGAGAAGAAGCGGAGUUCAUCGCUGAGCAGAGUGAGCAAUAAACUUCCCGAAAUAGAAAAUGUGCAGAAAGAAGAAAAAGCAGCUCGGCGUUUGGUCGGCUCCUUGGAGAACACCUCCGUCAGUCGCCUGCUCGCCCCCACCCAGGCCUCUCUAGCCAGGAGUAAGAGCGCAGCCACCUUGUCUGCUGAGGGCAAAGAUUCCGCAGCUUCCACCAGCUUCCCAGCCCACCUCCCCAGAGUGCCAUUACGUAGUCGCAGCACAGACCGAUUGAAGGGGGCUGCCGCCUCUUCCUCGGAACGCGUCUCCUCAGAAUCUGCACAGAAACCUGAGCCAGCAAAGCAGCCCCCAUCUUCCACAGGGAGGAGAGCUCCUUCACCUUCUCUGCCCAGCUCCAGGCGCUCAGUCUCACCCGGGAACGUGGGGAAAUUCCCUCCUUCUCCAGCAACGAUCAGACGCAGGACGCAGCCGUCUUCCCUGAAUGUCUCGCGGCAGCGGCCAUCCUCACCCAUGGCGGCCUCGAAACCGGCCCCGAUUCAGCGCCCGCCCCUCACCCCCAACGUCCUCGGCGUCACCAAAAAGAAGAGCGAGACGGACAGCAGUCCAGCCCCUCAGGAGCAGGGAGCCGUUGGGGGCCCCUCGGAGAAAGAACUGCCCGCAGGACCCUCUAAAACCAAAGAAGAUACGAGUGGCAAAACUCUUCCAGGGACCACAACCGCCGAAGAAGCAUCGAAGAUCUUGGCAGAGAAACGCCGCCUUGCCCGGGAACAGCGAGAGCGCGAAGACCAGGAAAAGCUUCAAAGAGAAGAGGAAGAAAGAAUCCGGAAAGAGGAGCUGGCCAGCUUAGCCCAGGAGAAGCAGGCCCAGGAAGAGGCCGCUCUCCGGGAGAUGGAAGAGCUGAAGAGAGCAGAAGAAGAAGAGCAGCAGCAGCUGGCUGAGAAGGACCGAAUUCAGAGGGAGCAGGAAGAGCAGGAGAAGCUGGCAGACCUUCAGCUGCAGCGGGAAGAAGCCGAGGCGAAGGCCUUCGAAGAGGCCGAGAAACAGCGGCAGGAACGGGAGCGAAUUAUGCAGCAGAACCUGCAAGAGAGGAUGGAGAGGAAGAAGAGAAUCGAAGAAAUAAUGAAGAGGACGCGGAAGGCCGAGCAGAGCGACGCUAAAAAUGAAGAUAAGUCGAAUGAGGAAGAUGAGGACGUGGAAGAAGAUGAAGAGCACGGUCUGGAAAAGCAAGAUCAGCCAGAGAAGUCCAAAUGCCAGGAGUCCUGUCUCAAAGACGUUCCGGAGGCCUUGUGCCAUUUGGCUUUGCUGCAAGAAGACUCAAAAAUGGGAGCAGACGACGUCUUCCUCAAUGGGAAUAGACAGGAGGAGGAGGAAGAAGAAGAGGAAGAGGAGGAGCGGAGGGAAGAUGGGCCCCCCCUGUAUUUCGGCCAGUCAGUAGAAACCAGUAUUCCAGCCAAAGGACCGGUCAUCGAGAACUCGGAAAUCCUGCACGUGAACGAAGACGAUCGCCCCGUGGGAUUUAUCCCUAACUUUAACGGAAAGCCUUCCGCGUGGAAUUUCGAAGAAAUCAUUGAUCUCGGGGUGCAUACUAAGACAGGCAGGCUCAGUUCGGAGAGCAUGGCGGCUGAUGUGCCCGGCCAGAAGUUUAGAGACGGCCCUCCGUUACCAGCAAGCCCAAAGCUGGCGUUUGAGGAGGACGGUGGCAUGAAUCCCUUGACCAAAUCCAUCGAGGCGGCAUCAGAACUCUGAACACUACAAGUCCGGAAGGCUCCUGAGGGCCACGCAAGGGAUGCGCAGGGAUCCUCCAGGCAGGAAGGCCUCGAUUUGAAAAAAAAAAAGCUGCUUGUCGACUUCACCUCCACGUUUCUCUCCACGUCACCCGCAACAGCCCCCCCCAUCUCCCCAGCCAAUCCGGCGUUGCCCCUCGAAACGUCGCAAAGCAGGAAGGGCAGGGAGUUACGUCGCUGUUGCUUUAGCCGCACCCUUUAACGAGAUUUUUGCUUUUUAAAAAACAAAAUAACCCCAUUGUUCUCCUUUGGAUGAAAUGUUCCGUCCGUUGCUGUUGAUCUUUAAUAUCCCUCCCGGUUUUCGCCAGUAAACACGGCGGCUUGUACCAGGGACUUUUUAACAAGCUAGCAUUCGCCCAGGAUACCCCCCGUCUGUAAGGUAACACGGUUUAAUCCGAUGUAUAUUUAAGCAAAAAAACCACAAAAAAACGGAGCCAAUGUCAUGUGCUUGUCGCUCUCCCCCUCGCGCGUGUUGUUUCGGGGGAGCGACGGUUACUUCGAAUUUAACUUGAAUAUCUGAAAACAUAGCACCUCACUCUAGAACGAGUCCGUUUUGAGUCAGAUCGUUUCUCAGCUUAAAAACAAACGAACAGCAACCUCUUUGAUUGUCUCUACCAACACUUGAAAACAAAGCGCAUGUUCCGGACGGACGGGGGAUUUUUCAAAACUCAACAGGGCCCCCUGAAGUCGGGACAGCGCUCCAUUCUGUUGCCUUACGCGGUUCUCUCUCUGGGGCCAGCCUCCCCCGCCCCCUCCUCAGUGUGGCAAGGGGAGGCUCCAUGGAGACCACACCCAGUGAAGUCUGGCUCACCAGCAGGAGCUGGGUGUGAAGAGCAACCCUAAGACCCGGGUGUGUGUUUGUGCAGGGUGUAAGGAAGGAGAGCAAGCCUAGCCGAGACCUCCAACUGCAGAAAACCCCCAGACUGCAUGCUUUUAAGGGGGUGCGGGUGCAGAACAUCUUCCCUUAUUUAUCUAUUUUUAUUCAUUGAUGGGUGUCCUGGCAGGUGGCCUUCAUCAAGUCGCGCUGUGGCUUUUUCAAGCUAUCGCAUACCGUAGCAUCCCUGUCUGGUUAGCCAAACCGAGCGUCCCUCCUGCUCAUUUAUUUGUGGGGCGGGGGCGGGGGGGAGAAAACAAGCUUUGUGGAAAACUCACCCUGAAAUUCAUAGUAGCCUCAGCCAGGAGCUCUUGGCAGCCCCCCACCUCACCCCCCCUCCCACCCUGGUCCUGUUGGGCGGGUCGGUGUCCCAAACUGAUAAACCAUCCGGCGGUUCUACGUUGAACCUUCCCAGACCUGUUAAGUAUUAUAUUUGUCUGUGAACACAAUACCAGUAUUAAAACCCUUCGAAGGUGCUCGUUCUUCUCUGGGCCGUGUGAAUUGCACUCCAGGUUUUUCCUCUUCUAGCUUUAAGUCACCGCUUGCCUCCAGCCGUGGGAGCUGAGGCUUACGUGUUCAGCCCAGCAGCUCGGUUCUCGUUUUGUUUUUUUGCCUAGCAAAAGAAGGAAUGAAGCUUUCUGCAAAUGCAUAGAAAGGAGAACGGUCUUAGGCCCGCAUCCUGCUUCUCUCCCCUCCCUCUCCCCAAAUUCCCAAUUUCUUCAAAGAGCUGUUCUCUCGAAACGACUGUGAGCCCCCCACCCCCCCAACCCAUUCCUUCGCUUGCAAGCCUGCUCCUCAACCCCUUUUCAAGCCCAGAUGUUCCCCUUGGAACCAUUUCUGGGAACGCACACCCCACUUCCUCCCUUCCCCCCCAUUAAAUCACCCAAGCCUCUUGUCCCCGCAGGC